UAUGCUGUGCGCAAAAUAAUGCCGAAUGAGCCCAAUUGUGUGUUCGUCAUGACGAUUGCAUAAAAUCAUUUUCUGCUUUUGUAAUUUAAACACGCUUCAAUUCGCUUUCUGGUAUUUUGUGUCUCUUUCAAACAUACUUUUUUCAAAUCCACCCUUAAAUACAAAAUAAUAUGGACGCUCAGUUUGCCAUCACCGGCCGGGAUUUCGUCGUUUCAGUGACUGACAAGGCGAUUGUCCACUCGAUUGUCAGAAUGAAAAACAACCAGGACAAGACAUGCAAGCUGUCGUCACACACACUCAUGUCUGUCACCGGCGAGGCCGGAGACACGUCAAACUUUGCCGAGUACAUCCAGGGCAACGUCAGACUUUACAGCGUGCGCAACUCGCAGGACAUGGCGCCGAGCGAGACAGCCAACUUUAUUCGCAACGAGCUGGCCACAGCCUUACGCUCGCGCAAGCCGUAUCAGGUCAACCUGCUGGUUGCUGGCGUUGAUCGGAACUCGGGCGAGGCCUCACUUUAUUGGAUUGACUACCUGGCUGCCAUGGCCAAAGUUCCGUAUGCGGCACAUGGGUAUUGCGCGUACUUUUUGUACGCUGUUAUGGACCGCGAGUACACGCAAAAUAUUACGCUUGAGCAGGCCUUUGUCAUUAUCAAAAAGUGCUUUGCCGUCCUGAAGGAGCGCUUCAUAGUGGACUUUCCCGAUUUCACCAUCAAGGUCAUAGACCAGAGCGGCACACGCGAAUACGCAGUAGCCGACAUUUAAUGCGGGCGCCCUACCCAGCCUUCUUAUUUCACUUUUUUUCUUUUUCCCUUUGGCUCUUAUACAAAUACCACGAAUCCAGUUAUUCAAAACCGUGGGUCCCGCACAAGCAACGGCCACGCAGACUUCGUCAUUGCCGCAUCGCGUGAUCUGAGCAAGUGUUUAUUCCCAGAUUAAUAAAAAUCAAAUCUUGCGAUCAAUUAGGAUCUUCAAUCUUUAGA